AUGAAAGUGACAAAGAGAGCAAUUUCUGAUACAUCUGGCUCGAGUAAGAGAAUCAAAUUGGAACAUAUUGAAGUUGAGAUCGAAUCUGAAACUACAGAACUUGCCCCAAAUGUAUUCACAAAAGUAGAUCCCGAAGACAUGGCCAAGUGUAACGGUCCUCCAAAAUGGUCAGAAAUCUAUAAUCAAUUAGUUUGGAUGAGAAGUAAAUUUUUUGCACCCGUGGAUACCCAAGGUUGUGAACGAAUGCCAAACACUAUCAAUAGAAACAUUAAAACCAGAAACCCAAAAAUAUAUCGCUUUCAACUUUUAAUAUCAUUGAUGUUAUCGUCGCAAACAAAGGACGAAGUGAAUUACGAGGCCAUGAAAAACUUGCACAAUGGAUUGUUAAAAGUGCACCCAGAUGGAUUGUGCAUUGAAAGUGUACUAAAAUUGUCUGAAUCUGAAAUUGAUGCUUAUAUAAAAAAAGUUGGCUUCCAUAAUAGGAAAGCGCAGUACAUUAGGAAAACCUGUUCUAUACUAAUGGAGAAUCAUGGUGGUGAUAUACCAAAAACGAUAGAAGAGAUUGUCGCACUUCCAGGUGUGGGACCAAAAAUGGGGUUUCUUCUUUUACAAAGUGGUUGGGGUAUUAACGCCGGAAUUGGAGUUGAUGUUCAUUUGCAUCGAUUGGCGCUCAUGUGGGGCUGGGUUUCUCCAAAAGCUAAUACACCUGAAAAGGCUCGAAUAGAACUACAAGAAUGGUUACCAAAGGAUUAUUGGACAGAUAUAAAUCCAUUGGUUGUUGGUUUUGGACAAGUGAUUUGUGUACCACGUGCUGCAAAUUGCGAUAUAUGCACAUUGGCCAGAGACGGGUUAUGUAAGGGUGUAAACAAGAAGUUGCUAAAAACCCCGUUGUCUGAAGAACGGAUUAACAAGUUGUCGAAACAAAGAGCUGAUCUCUCUCAACUACUUAAGGAGUUUAUGUAA